AUAUUUUUAUCAGUCACCAAUUCAUUUGGAAAGGACAAGUCAGGACACAAUCAUGCUGGUGAAAGAGUAUCGGAUUUGCAUGCCUCUUACAACAGAUGAGUACAGAAUUGGGCAGCUGUAUACUAUCAGCAGACAUAGCCACCAAGAGAGUGACAGAGGCGAGGGGGUAGAGGUUAUGGAGAACAGACCACAUCAUGAUCCCGUUCAUGGUUCAGGACAGUAUACAGAGAAGCGUGUGCACCUAUCCAGCAAGUUACCUAGCUGGGCCCGUGCAGUUGUUCCCAGAAUAUUCUACAUUUGUGAGAAAGCCUGGAACUACUAUCCCUAUACAGUAACAGAAUACACGUGCUCUUUCCUUCCAAAAUUUUCCAUUCAUAUUGAGACAAGAUAUGCUGAUGACUGUGGGGACAAUGACAAUGUAUUUGAUACAUGUCAUUCAGAUGAACCUCAUGAAGUCACUCAUCUGGACAUUGCUUUUGAUGAUAUUCCAGAACGAUAUUACAAGAGCGUAGAGGAUCUGCGGAACUUCGCUUCUAGUAAGACAGGCCGAGGGCCCCUUCAGGAGGGUUGGAGGAGCAACAUGCAGCCAAUCAUGUGUUCCUAUAAACUAGUGAUUGUCAAGUUUGAAGUGUGGGGCCUGCAGACACGAGUAGAGCAGUUUGUACACAAGGUUAUCAGAGACUUAUUACUGGUUGGACACCGCCAGGCCUUUGCGUGGGUGGAUGACUGGUACGGAAUGACAAUGGAUGAUGUCAGAGAGUAUGAAAAGGAGACACAAGCAGCUACUAAUGAAAAGAUAGGUCCAGUCGCUCCAACAAUCACCAUCAGUGCAGAAGUGAAGUAUCCAGCCAUCCGUAGUGCUCCAGCCACUCCUAUCACUGGCGAACCUCCUGAAUUCCUUAGCCUCCCUAAAGACAGACUUCGUAAGACCUCGGCUCCAGAUACACUUACCCUACCGGAACUGAGAGAAAGAGCCAAUGGCCCUUCCAGUCAUGGGUCACCAUCCAAUAAAGAAAGCUGAGAGAGACACACCAUAACAUUUGUUAAUCAGGACUGCCAAGCCCAUUUACCAAAAAUGAUCCCCUAAAAUGAGAAGCUCUAGUAUAACUGUAAAAUAAAUUGUAUAUAAAUAAGGUCGCUACCUAUCAAAUUGAGACCCAUGGCAAAGUGAUAUCUUAUUUUUCUGCCAAUGUUGGGAAUCUGAGGCAGUGCCACCUACAAUGAGACACUGAUAAAUGUGUGGGACUGGACUCACUGAAUUA